UUCCAUCCAUCCUUCCACCCAUCUCAGCUUUGUCAAUAGAAUUUCCCUCUGAACUUUAAGCUGUCUGGUUCUCAGUGAUUUCCAGGCUUAUUUCUGGUCAAUUGUCCUUGGCAUUUCAGCUGUAACAUCCAGCUCUGCUUCUGCUUCUGAAUGAGAAACCCAGUGAACAAGUUAUUACAGGAGGAGUGCAUAUGCAUAGAGGGCUUCCAAGAGAGGUGGAAAGAAGUGGGGUAUGGAAGGUGUGCUCCCCUGCUCUCUUUUUGUGUAUUCCAAAUGUCAGUGCAAGUGAGAAGUCAGAAGGACAUGGGUGCUUCUGGACAUCCAUUUCACUAGAGCACCAGAGGCACUCAUUCUGGGGAAGUGAAUUUAUGGAGGGCUGAGAGACACAAUUACAAAAUGAGAAAAGGAAAAGGGAGGAUGAUUUUGCUGGAGACCAUGACAGCACCCAUAUCUGUGCAGUGGUUCAAAGCUGCUUAUAGUGCUGUGAUUUAACCAAAUCAUGCAAUUACCAGAUUGCUUGUUCCACAACUAUAGCGUACUAACUUUUUUCCUACAUUUAUUGUCAUUCCAUCUUGAAAAAGAAAAUGGAAAUUCCUUCCACCCCAAUUGCACUUUGCAUGCUCAGAUGUUUGUGUUUAAUUAAUUAAUUUCAUUUCUAUACCACCCCACGGCCAAAGCGCUCUCUUCGGUUUAUUAGAAAUAAUAAAACCAGUCAAACUAACUAUCUUGAACCCAUGUUCCAAGGCUAGCAGGACCUUACUACUAUUUCUUUCUUUUCAAUUAACCAACUAUUACAGAAACAAAUACAAUAUUAACAAAUAAUAGUUAGUUGCUUUCUUAGGACUUUAUAUUUAUUCUUUUGAGCAGGGGUGUAAAACUCAUAUGAGUUGGAGGGUCAACUUCCCACUGAAUAAGAACUCUGGGAAUCUCGUAAGUUUUCAGGAAAAGAAAACUUCAAAUACUUUAAUUUGAAAAAUAUCAACCCUCCCAAACUCCUCUUCUUGAUAACCUCAUGCACACAUUGCAGUUAUUCCUCUGUCAGACAUAUAUCUCAGACAGGGGAGAAAGAAGACUAUGAAAAAUCUCAUUACUUCCUGCCUCAUUUUCCCAACUGGAGCAUAAUUAAGUUGUUGUGUUCUUGCCUUAAGCAUUUGAUGACUGGGGCAGCGAGCUCCAGCCAUUGCAACAGUCAUUCUGCUUGUAAGCAUGACAGUCUUGCUAUUUACGGCUUCUUGUCCCAGAACAAGACUUGAAUUUUGUGAAAUGUGAUAGGGGUUUAGUAGGCCAUAUUGGCAGCCCCAACAGGUCCGCAAAGGCCCUCAUAGCUUAUGUUUGACACCCCUGCUUCAGAACUUGCUCUUUUAAAAAAGCCUCCGAUAACUAGAACGCCCUAAAAUAAUUUUUAAAUGUAACUUUGCAAUCUCUUGUAUGUAUUUUUUUCUUUCCUUCCACCUUGGCUGCAAAUUCUCUCAGGUCUCCGCUGGUCCAUCCACCAAGCCAUGGAUGUCGCUCGACUCACAACAGUCCAAUUCACACUGCUACUGGCUCACGGCUUACUCAGAACUUCUCUGUGUCUGUUCCCACUCUCAUCUACACUGGAUUCCUUUCAAUGAAGAUCCCAAUCCCAAUCCUCAUUCAUCAGGACCCUCCACCCCUCUGAAAAACCAAAUCUAUUCCUUUUCACCUUCCAAGUCCUACAGUCGACAGUCCUCUUCUUCUGACACAGAUUUGAGUUUGACACCCAAAACUGCACUUUCCCCACAGGGACCUAGGAUUUUCCUGUUUCCCAGUUCCCCAACACUAUCUUGUGGUUCCCCACAGCUUAAACAGCCCUGUCUCCUCUCUGGGUCUACCCCUAACCCUCUUCACUCUAGCCAUGUCAACCCAGUUCUGAGGAAAAGUGUUUCUUUCACUGAAGAGCUGCUUCUGGCUGCUUCUGGAAUGGGCAGUGGGAGUGCUGGAAAAGAAGGGGGGCCAUUAAAAGCUCUGUUAAGACAACAAACUCAGUCGGCUCUGGAGCAAAGGGGAGGAUCGCCUCAUAGGUUCUGUAGAAGGCGGGAAUUUCCUUUUUUUACUUUGACGGCCUUUCCUCCAGGCUUCCUACUCCAUGUAGGCGGUGUUGUCAGUGCCCGCUCGGUGAAGCUCUUGGAUCGCAUCCACAAUCCUGAUGACCCAGAGACACGAGAUGCAUGGUGGGCAGAAAUUCGACAAGAAAUAAAAUCCCAUGCAAAGGCUUUGGGUUGUCAUGCUGUAGUAGGCUACAGUGAAUCAACUAGCAUUUGUGAAGAGGUGUGUAUUUUGUCAGCAUCCGGCACAGCAGCUGUACUGAAUCCUAGAUUUCUCCAGGAUGGCACCAUGGAAGUCUGUUUGGAACAAAGGUUGUCAUGGCAGCCUGGCUACUUUUCCAUAGGGUCAGAGAAGGGAGAGGUUGAUUUUUUUCCUCAAAACCAGCAUAGUUCUUCUCUAUUAGGGCUAGAAGAAGCAUCACCUCCAGGUUGUGGCUUUUGCCACAUACCAUAUGAUGAGCUCAACAUGCCAUUCCCUGCUCACCUCACUUACUGUUGCAACUGCAGGAAGCAAAAAGUCCCCGACGUUCUUUUCACAACAAUAGAUUUGCCCGUCGAUGCAAUGGUAGUUGGGAAAGGUUGCCUCAUUCAAGCCAGGUUAUGUCGACUGAAGAAGAAAGCUCAAGCCGAAGCAAAUGCAACAUCCAUCAGUAAUCUGCUGCCGUUUAUGGAGUAUGAAGUGCACACUCAGCUAAUGAAUAAACUAAAGCUGAAGGGAAUGAAUGCACUUUUUGGGCUGAGAAUCCAGAUCACCGUGGGCGAAACAAUGUUAAUGGGUUUGGCAUCUGCCACAGGUGUAUAUCUGACUGCUCUACCAACUCCUGGUGGCAUUCAAAUUGCUGGAAAGACACCAAAUGAUUCCACUUACGAACAACAUAUAUCCCACAUGCAGAAGAAAAUCAAUGACACAAUAGCCAAAAAUAAGGAGCUUUAUGAGAUUAACCCUCCUGAGGCAUCUGAAGAAAUUAUAGGUUCUCCCAUUCCAGAACCAAAGCACCGUACUAGGCUGCUAAGAUCUCAGUCUGAAAGUUCUGAUGAAAUUACAGAAUUGGAUCUCUCGCAUGGAAAGAAAGAUGCUUUUGUCUUGGAGAUUGAUGAUGCAGAUGCAAUGGAAGACGUUCAUUCUUUAUUGACAGAUGUCCCCCCACCUUCAGGUUUCUACAGCUGUAACACAGAAAUUAUGCCUGGUAUAAAUAACUGGACAUCUGAUAUACAGAUGUUCACAUCAGUGAGGGUCUCCAGGCUUAACAACAUUACCCUAACAAACCAAACACUCAACAAGGCCUUUAAUGAUCUCUGUGAGAAUCUACUAAAGAGCCUGUAUUUUAAACUUCGGUCUAUGAUUCCUUGUUGCCUGUGCCAUGUGAAUUUUACAGUUGCUCUUCCUGAGGAUGAAUUAAUUCAGGUUGCUGUCACAGCUGUUGCAAUAACAUUUGAUAAACAUCAAGCUUUACAAACAACUAAAACUCCUGCAGAAAAAACACUGCAAAGAGCUUCCGCAGACAACGAAGAACAACUGCAGUUUCCACUGGAGCUUUAUUCUGAUCCUCAUGCCCCUCAGCAAUUCUCACCCGCUAAAGAGGACCUGGAGAAUGCAAGCUCCCACACAGGUAUACCAGCUGCCCAAAGAGCAGCGUCAGUUGAUUACAGUUCCUUUGCAGACAGAUGCAACAGCUGGAUAGAAUUCAUUAAACUGAAAGCUCAGACCAUAAGACGCGGAUCAAUUAAGACAACCAUAUCACUUGACAAGCCAAGUCCAUUGACAGAAGGUCAAUCCCGCAACCGUUCCAGUCCAUCAGGUGCUAAUUCUACUGUGUCAGUUGUUAAGAUGACGCCACUUUCGUUUAUCCCUGGGGCAAAAAUAACGAAAUACCUUGGAAUAAUCAACAUGUUUUUUAUACGAGAAACCACUUCUUUGCGCGAGGAGGGUGGCGUGAGCGGCUUCCUGCAUGCAUUCGUUGCUGAAGUGUUCGCCAUGGUCAGGGCUCAUGUGGCAGCUCUUGGGGGAAAUGCCGUUGUCUCCUAUAUCAUGAAGCAGUGUGUGUUCAUGGAGAACCCAAACAAAAACCAGGCACAGUGCCUAAUAAAUGUAAGCGGAGAUGCAGUAAUCUUUAUACGUGAAUCUGACUUAGAAGGGGCACCGGGCCAGCAGGCCACCACUGGUUCUCAGCCCACGUGUACAAGAGACAUUACAACAUGAAGGCGUGGCUUGGCUUCCACUGGACAUUUGAGCUCUCUUCAAACUGUUGGACGGCAAAGCCUUGAUUUGUUUCUUAACUCAGCAGCACCCCAUCUAGUAAGGGCAGCAACACCGCGAGGCUGUCAGUGUGUUGUCCAUCUGGUUUUAUAAGAGCCAAGGAACCAUCUAUAGAAUCCACUUGCUACUCAAAGAACAUCUGCCCAUGGAAGGAAUGGAAACGGGCAGCCACUCCCCAGAACUGGCUAUUGGGACAUUGCCUUGUGUUUUAUGAAGCUAGGAUAAAAUCUAACUCAGAUCCACAAGCAGAUGUUGCUAAUUCUCAGCAGGGAGGGAGGGUGUUCAUAACGCAACUGGAAUACAACUGAGACACCUUAAUCUCUCAUUUCAUCAUGGAAGAGCUGGUUUCCACACUAUUGCCAAAUAUGUGACAAAAAGCAACAUUUGCUUUUGGAAUCAGUGAGACUGAUGGGCGACGUGAACUGGAUGACCUGGAUGUAGGUGCAUGUUAAAGUAUUUUUAUGUUGGUGAGCUCUUGAAUAUUUUUCUACUGUACACUUUUAUUUUAAAUUACUGGAUACAAUUAUGGUAAAAUAACUGGUUCAGAUGCUGUCAACAUUUGAUGCUUUAGGAACAGUGGUGAUGGAGAUCUGCUGUCCAACGUUCCUUGAAAUCCCAGCUGCCAAUGAAGAUAAAGUCAAGGCUUUGUAUUGGGUAGAGUUCAAAUUUAAAAAAAAAACCAACAGUAUUACAGAGAGGCCGCCACCCACAAAUGAUGCUCAGUGUGGUACUAAGAAAGAUGAGCAUCGCUGUAGCAAGUAGUAAUGAGUCAUUUUCAGACCCUUGUGGAAGGAUUUGAUGGAAGAUUUGAGUCUGCAGAUCUGAUAACAUGCAGAAAUCUAGAAAGCGUCAUGUGUGUAUGUGUGGUAGGGGAGAAGUAUAUAUGCAACCAAAGAUGUAGAAGUUUCAGCAGUGACACUCUCCUUUUCAGUUUGAAAAUGGCUUCUCUCUCCUGCUGCCAAGCAGUUGCAGCAAAACUUUUACAUCUACCGGGGUGCUCGUCUUCCUUGUCUUGAACAUGUGGCUGCAUAGGUUGGAGCACAGCCAAAACGUUUUGAUAUGGAACUUGAAGAAAAUUCACAAACUUGAAUGUAAAUAGAUGAUGUUUUGUUGGGUGUAGGUACAGAAAUUAUAUAUUAUUUGUCCAAUUCAGAGAUUCCAGUAUAAAUGAGAAUGAUGAAAAUUACAUUCCUAUUUACAUAAUAAAAAUUUCUUUAUUAAAA